AUGUGGACUAAAGCUUUAUUCCUUCCUUCCCUGGGCCUGAAUGCCUUGAUGACAAAGAUCGGCAACAGACGUUGGUACGAUAGAAUUGAUGAAACUGUGCUCCUUGGAGCUUUGCCUAUAAGAUCAAUUGCACGUAAGUUGAUUGACAAUGAAAAUGUCAGAGCCAUGAUUUCUGUCACAGAGGACUUUGAACUGAGGCACAUGGUGUUUUCCUUGGAGGAAUUGAAGUUCAUGGGUAUUGAGCGUCUCCAACUAAGGACGACUGACUACAUUGGGAGUCCAACACAAGAGCAAAUACUUCAAGCUAUGGACUUCAUCCAGUCACACCAGAGACAGAAUCACUGUGUGUAUAUUCACUGCAAGGCUGGCAGGACCCGCAGUGCAACCGUGGCUAUUUGUUACGUGAUGCAGCACAACCAGUGGACUCCACAAAAAGCUAUAGAAUUCAUUAAAGCAAAACGUCCCCAUAUUAUGCUACGGGAUAAACAACUAGCUUCUAUAAAUUCUUUUUAUGAGAGCUACCAGAAAACUCAUUAG